AUGCCCACCGGGAUUGCUCGUCCCUCCUUCCUCACUCUGCCACAGGACAUCCUCCUCUCCAUCGUUCACCUCCUCGACCGUACCGACCACGUCCUGCUCCUACGCGUCCACUCCACCAUCUACCGAAUGGUCGGCCCACUCCUCUACCGCAACCUCCAGAUCUCGGACUGGUACAUCAACCUGGCAGACCUCCUGCCCUCCUCAUCGGCGGCAAGGAACUUCCUCCUACAUCAGGUAGAGUACCUCGCGUGGGAUGGAGGUCAAACGCUGGAAUGGCGACAGGAUUGGUCUGGGAUGGGGGAAUCAGAAAUGCCCCCAAGCCAGUGCAGUGGACAGUACCUGUACGAUGUACGGCCGGUGCCAGGUCUGGGCGUUGUCACCAGUAUGGCGUAUCCUUCGCCUUCGGUCGAGCCCCCGAGCAUGAGCGCCUUCUCGAACUUUCGCCUUCCGGACGACCCAUCAUCGGCGACACAACCCCUACCCGGCCUCCGCGUCCUCCGAAUGCCCCUGCACAAUGACCUGACCUCCUGUCAGAUGAGUCGCCCAUGUUCACACUGCGACUUUUUCCGCCUCAUCCGGCCCGAGGUCUGGGUCAUCGACCAGGCGGGCGAUGUCGGUCCCCUCCAUGCGCAUAUGCCCCCCUCACUCAAGAUGCUAGUCGUCUAUCACGCAUCGUUCGAGACCGACUACCAUGGUCUUGAUGUCUGGAACACCUUCCGGAUCGAGCCCCUCCUCAGCACCUUGCCCGCCCAUAUCAACCUCACCCUCAUCCUCGGUCUUUGCACGGAACGGACCACAACGCCGAAGCUCAAGCCCAAAGGUCCCCUCAAAGACAUCGCACGGAUCUGCGCCAAUUCCAGGCAUAAAAUCAGCUUUGCCGUUCCGCUUUUCCGCCUGAUCAACGACCCUACAGGCGGCCACCCCAAUCCCUCUCUCCUCGGUAACAUCUUUGACCUGGACGUCAUCCGGCGGGAGACCCUGCACGAGAUGCUCAAGGCAGGAUGCUCAGUGGGGGAAAUCACGACGCGGCUGGAGCGUAUCGCGUACGUCAGUCUGAAGGAGCUGGAGGCGGCGGAUUGGGCGCCGGUGAUGGGGUCGCCGGAUAGCGUGAAGUGGCUGGGAGCGAUCUAG